CAUUUCCGAGCUAUACUAUUGCUGAACGUAGAUACACGAAGAAGGCUUCGGGUCGAUAUUUGACGAACGCACACAACCCAGACCCGAGAAUGCAAAGCAUUAUUAUUCGCAUGUUUAUCGUUAUUAUAGUGUAGUCAUGCGCCCAGUGAUUGACAUUCGAAAGUUGCCUUAAUUUACUGCAUCAGAAUAAAAAGAUGGGGCCGUAUAGUCAUAUACUAUUGAUAUUUUUGGUCAGUAUUUUUUCGACUGGGCUUUCCUUCAACGGAGAACUAGCUGAGCAAGAAUGUCCAGACGAGUGUGAUUGUCAUUAUUUUCGAGUCAACUGGGUUACAGACUGUUCAAAUAGUAACUUGACACAAAUUCCUUAUGACGAACUUAGCUUGAACGUAUACGUUUUGGACUUGAACGACAAUUUGAUAUCUGAAAUUCAGCCGUUUCCUCCAGACUUCAAAAUGAGACGGUUACAGAUGGCAGACAAUCUUAUGGUGGAAUUGAGGAAGGAUUCCUUUAAAGAUUUGCACUACUUAAUCGAUGCUGAUUUUUCUGGAAAUCGCAUUAAGAAGAUCGAACCUGAUCUGUUUUUUGACUCUGCGGGUUUUAUAACACUUGAGCUGCAGAACAAUCCGCUGGAUCAAGUUGAGGGACCCUUCUUAGCGAUAAGCACUCUAUUAUACUUGGAUAUAAGUAAUUGUACCCUGGAAUUGCUGAAUGACCACUUCUUUGAAAAUAUAUCAGCCUUAACCACGUUGGAUUUAUCUGAAAAUCCACUAAAUAUUCUGGACAGCCGAGCCUUUGAAAAGUUAACAAGCCUGGAAACGUUGAAAAUGAAUCAUUGCAAUUUAACCGCUAUAGCGGAGGAUACAUUUAUUUCGCAACUUAAUUUGAAAACUCUCGAACUCAGCGGGAAUAAUUUCUUGAGGGAGAUGAAUUGGGAAAGUGUACUUUCAAGACUACCUUUGUUGGAAAACUUGGAUUUACGAAACGCGCACGUGAAUCAAUUAACGGAAACUAUGUUCUCUAAUAAUCACUAUUUGAGAGUGUUGGUGCUGGCAGAAAAUAAUUUGUCAGAUGUGGACGUGGGACUGAGCAUUAAGAGCCUGUCUAAUUUGGAAACCCUUGAUUUGUCGUAUUGCAAUUUGACUGUGCCACUAUCUGAAGACACUUUCGCAAACGUGACCAAAAUUCGAAGCCUUUAUCUAUCCGGGAACACGUUGUUUGCCUCUGAUUUACUAGUUGCCUUAUCGCCUUUAACAAACUUGCAAAAACUGUCUUUAAGCAAUUGCGAUUUACGGCGAUUGCCUGAUACGUUCCAUAAAUUUAAGAGUUUGCAAGAGUUGGACAUAUCUCACAACCCGUUGAACGACGCGUUCGUUAAAUUAUUAGCGCCUCUGGAAACUUUGGAAUAUCUUAACAUGGGAUACAGCAACUUAUCGUACAUCGCUCCUACUACGUUUUCGAAAAUGACGUCGAUGCGGCGCCUGAUUUUGUCGGGUAACGAUCUUAACAACUUGGAAGCCGGCCUGUUUGGCAAUUUGACCAGUUUGGAAAGUUUAGAACUCAACUUCUGCGGUUUGCGCCGUCCUCUCAAUGCCACAUUGUUUUUCAACAAUUUCACCUAUACCGACUUGACAGAACUUCAACUGGCCGGAAACCCGCUUCGUGUGUCAAAAACAGGCCCACUCUUCCCCAAACAACUUUCUCGGUUGCAAACUUUGGACCUUAGUAAUUGUAAUUUGACUUUCCUGCCACCCGAUGCCUUCUUCUGGACCAGGAAUAUAACAACUUUAAUUCUAUCAGGGAAUCAUUUCAGUUCCCCGAACGAUUUCCACUUUUUGGAACUUUUACCGAAACUCGAAGUCCUCGACUUAACCUACAAUAAGUUAUCGACCUUUUCGCCUAGAGAAAUCGAGUUUAACACACAAGUUUCCAGAUUAAAAUUAAUUGGAAAUCCAUGGAAAUGCGACUGUUCGGUCGCAAAUCUAUGGGAUUGGGCUCACAUGGAAAAAGGCGAUUUGAGCAUUUUAGUAGGAUCCACAAUUGGAGCUGCUGAUGUUACUGUUGGAAAGCACAAGCGCAAACGCUUGCUGGUAUGCAGCUACGAUGACAAAGUCGGCUUGCCUUUGAUUAUGAACAAAACUGUUGCUGGUCGAAAACCGUUCAAACAACAAAGAACAAUUUCAGCUUCUAACAGAACUUGGGCCAAAUUCGUUAGAGAAUCUGGCUGCGAACCAUCUCCUACUUUCCUUCUUACAAGAUCAGCGAGAUCUGUGGAAUCAGCUGGUUACGUAAAUUCGGAAGGAGUUAACAUGCGUCUAGCUGAACAUGGUGCAAAUUCUUGGGCAGCUGCAGCCAUUAACGCUUGUGCUCUCUACGCCACCAUCAUGGCUGCAAUUGGAGUUAUAUUCCUCGUUUCCAAAAGGAAAUUGGCUAUUCAAAACGUAGACAAAACCAACUAAGCGGUUGCAUUAAGCAUUCAAGUAUUAAAAAGACAUGCCCCUACUUCCUAUAUAUUUAAUUCCUUCUCUUUUAUACCAUGCUGUAUUAUUCUGUAUGUACGAUUUAUUAUUUCUGAGGCUUACUCAAUGUUUGCAUAAUCUAUAAUGUUGCCUUCACAGGUUUAGGAAUGAAAGACGCCGUGAAUGAGUAUUUAUUUUACCUACCUAGUAAAUACGAGGGUCAAUCUCGCUGACAAAACGUCUGACGAUGUCUAAUAAUAUGAGCAGCAAAUAUUCUGAAAUAUAUUUUUUUGUUAUGUAGGUAUAUGUUUAUAUUUUCUUAAAUAAUCAGUUGAAGACUGUCUAAUGUUGGUGUUACUUUUAUAUAUAAAUAAAUAAUCAAGGCUGUAAUUCGAACAUUUGUACUAGUAGAUAAAAUAAAACUGGUCGAUUUUAA